AGCAGCGACUCUGACGGAGUGAAGCAGUGCGGCAACUGGUCUGGGGAUGCUUAGCAGAGUGGUCCGAUGUAAAGGCAAGCUACACCAUUUCUGUAGGGGGUGCUGUUUGGCUGUGGUUGUAUGCCUUGUUCCGGAUAUGUCACAUGCCUUUAUUAGAAAUUGCUAAUAAGUCUUGGUCCGGUUGCACCACGGCAUGUAGCGGAGUAAAUGCGAUUGGACACCCGUCUGACGCAGCUGCGCGCCAUCGAGUUAAAAUGCUUAUCCGCUUUUGUGCCGGUGUGACUGGCUGUAUGUAUCUCUAAUUUCUAUCAAAUGCAAGAAAGUCUUCCUCUUAACUCUGAUUCAACUGGAUAAGAAAAAUACAUGUUAGCUAGAUACGAAAUGCCGUGACGUGAAUGUAGUGAUGAUGACGGAUAAACGCGAGGCCUUAAAUCACAUCCUCCCCAUUCAGCUUCAGGCUUAGCUCUGUCUUUUGGGUUCCCAGCUGCUUAUGACUGUGAGGGUUGCUCAUGCCCUCUUAUCUGCCAACUGCUAAGAUCAAAAUGCAGCAAACCAAUCGCAAGCUUGACAGAAACCGCAUUAACCUAAUUUAAUUUAAAUUGGCAACUGAUAUCAGAAUAUCGGAUAUCGGGAAACCUGACAGCUCAGGUGCGUUUUUAGGAAAGACAGCUGAAGACCUGAAGCAGGAGACCGUGUGUGAUUUGAUCCUAGAGACAGAGCAGCUGAGCUUGGCGUCUGGGGUUUGGUCCAGGACCUCGCUGAUCUUAAAACUGAAACGCGUAAGGUUUUUGAUCUUCAGCAUACGAUGCCAGGAGCUCUAUUGAUUGGAGGAAGGAGGUAAAGUGCCGUGUAAUGCUGUUAUGGGCCUUUCGCUUUCCCAGAGGGGGGAACCAGCAGCGUGCCACGGACCGCGGGAGGAUGUCCUUUUACAGCUGCUUUCCGCAUUGCUCCUUCAGGAAAUAUGGUCUUCCCUCCUGCAUUGCAGAUAUCAGUGGCCUGCUCCUGCAAUCCGGCAACCAGAGCUCCAUCCAGAUUUAGUUCCAGAUUUUAAGGUGCAACAUGCAAGCAAGCAGAUCAGCGCAGACCAGCAGUACAAGGGGAUCAUCGACUGCAUCGUGAGGAUCCCCAAAGAGCAGGGAUUCGCCUCCUUCUGGCGUGGCAACUUAGCCAACGUCAUCCGCUACUUCCCCACCCAGGCCCUCAACUUCGCCUUCAAGGACAGAUACAAGCAGGUCUUCUUGGGCGGCGUGGAUAAGCACACGCAGUUCUGGCGCUAUUUCGCCGGGAACCUGGCGUCGGGUGGCGCUGCGGGGGCUACCUCACUCUGCUUCGUGUACCCGCUGGAUUUUGCCCGAACACGCCUGGCGGCAGACGUGGGCAAAGCCAGGCCUUCCAGAGAGUUCAGUGGGCUGGCCGACUGCCUGCUCAAAAUUUUCAAGUCUGACGGCCUGCGAGGUCUAUACCAGGGGUUCAGCGUGUCAGUACAGGGCAUCAUCAUAUACAGAGCUGCUUACUUCGGUAUCUAUGACACAGCUAAAGGCUUGCUCCCAGACCCCAAGAACACCCACAUGGCAGUGAGCUGGAUGAUCGCGCAGACGGUGACCACUGUGGCGGGGGUGCUGUCAUACCCGUUUGACACUGUGAGGCGGCGUAUGAUGAUGCAGUCGGGCCGCAAAGGAGCUGAUAUUAUGUACACCAGCACGCUGGACUGCUGGCAAAAGAUCAGCCGGGACGAAGGCCACAAGGCGUUCUUCAAAGGCACCCUGUCCAACGUGCUCCGAGGAAUGGGCGCGGCCUUCGUGCUGGUCCUGUACGAUGAAUUCAAGAAGUUUGUCUGAUUGGACCUCACUUGUGUUAGCGGCUUGGAGUGAAGAGACUUAUGUGGAGGAAGUAAUGUUACCAUUAAAGGUCCGUUAUGAGUUUACAAAACUUUUUUUUUUCCUAGUACCGUGUCAUAGUGACAGAAAGCCUCAAACCGCUGACCUGUGAGAUGUCCUUUUAAUUGCUGUACUUUUUAUGUUCUAACAUUUUUUGCACAUUUUGACCAUAUAUGUGUCUUAAUUUUAAACCUGCACAUCCUGAGAUAAUAAACAGUUUAAACAGUA